GGUCCGCACUCAGUGCCAUCUCCAUACUAUCAUCGCUCUCAAAUCCACCUGACUGGUGCAGGCGGGUCGCGGCCGCCACUAGCUGUCUCGCUCUCUCGCGUCUCGGGCGAGAUGCGCGCUCUCCCUCUCCCCGCGCGCCCGGCCGGCCGCUCUCCACCAAUCGGUAGCCAUCUUUUGCUCCCUCGAGAGCAGAGCGACAACAGAACAGUGCGUGCUCUCAUCACACUGAGACGACAUCUCGCCGCGCGAGGUCGUCCCUGCCGCGGAUGUAAACGCGCAAACGCGGAAAAACAAUCUACAGUGCCUUAUAAACUUUUAUUUCUAAGUGAUUUUAUCCAAAGUGCAAAAUAAGCUCAACGUAAAAUUAAGGUGUACAGUGAAAGACUAGAAGCUCGCAUUGUGGAGUUGAACUUUUAAAAUAAAAUUAACAGCGGCUGAUAAAGCGAAAAUUAUCCACGAUUGGGCGUCGCCGGCGACCGCGGGCCAUGCAGGGGGCGCCAACCGCCGCCGCCGCCCCCGCGGCCGAGCCCCCCAGCCAGCAACAUAUCAAAACAGAAGACGUGAUCAUUGAAGCCAAGAUCGAGGCGGAGAACAACGAAGAGGACAUCAAGAUGGAGGUCCGGGAGCGAGCCACGCGCACCGUCAGCAUCGACAGCGACAACCGCUCCGUCAGUGAUGACGAGGAGGCGCGCCGCAGCAGGAAACGCGCCGCCUCCCCCUCAACCCUCUCCCCACGCCCGCUCACCGCCAUCAAGCGAACAGCUCGUCUGGAGUGCCCGCACUGCCGGCAAGCGUUCGACUCCACCGACGCCCUCGACCUCCACCGCUUCACGGCGCAUGGCGACGACUCCCGCCCCAACUACAAAGACUACCCGGACUUCAGGAAGUUCGCGGACAUCACCAGGAGCAUCCCGCGGGAGAGGUACCGCUGCCAUCACUGCACCCGCGACUUCCCGUGCGCGGAGGCCCUGGAUGUCCACAGAAAGUCAUGUGGCACGCCGACACGCACAGUUGUGACUCCUGAACGAGAUAGGCGAGAGGAUUUCUUUGCCAAAUUGGAUCUUAGAAACCGAUCCUUUGGCAUUCCUGGAACUUUAACACCGCCUAUGGAGAGAUUCACUCCCAAGUUCGAAGAUAGUUCGUAUUCUGAAAACGGUCUUCGUCAUUUAGAUGCUGCGAGAGACCUGGCGGAUAUACAGUCCAUCCUGCAUGUGACAUCGGCUGGUAGUUUGCUUGAAAGACUAACAGGGACUAGAGUGCCUCUUGAAAGCUCUGUCUUGACCCCACCAGACACUAUUCUAAAGGACCGAGACCAGGAAGAGACGCAAGACAGCUUUGCGGCAGAGUUCCGGCGAAUGAAAUUGCGUGGGGAGUUUCCGUGUAGGUUGUGCCCAGCCAAGUUCCCCAAUCUGCGAGCUUUGAAAGGCCAUAACAGAGUUCAUCUAAGUGGAAACGGUCCAGGCCCCUAUCGGUGCAACAUGUGCCCUCAUGCAUCUUUAGAUAAAGCUGCUCUUGUGCGGCACAUGAGAACUCACAACGGAGACCGACCGUACGAGUGCGCUGUGUGUAAUUAUGCGUUUACUACCAAAGCCAACUGUGAGAGGCAUCUAAGAAACCGCCACGCAAAAGUUACCCGAGAAGAUGUUAAACGCUCCAUCAUUUACCAUCCCUCUGAAGACCCAAACAAUGAUGAAGUCAACUCAAAAAUAUCUCGAGAGGAAGUGAAGCGAUCGCUUGCUUUCCACACUCCAGAAAUUUCUGACCGACGGAGCGAGUCCACUGGCCGGGACACGCCUCUAUCUCACUUCACACCGAACUUUAUUACUGAAAGACAUCCAGUCACCUCUUUGACUCCAACUUUGCCCGAGACUCCCUCACUGACACCAAGGGACACUGAAACAAUCAUACCUCGAAUCAAAGUAAAGGGCAUUGGCCAGUUGACUCAAAUACCAGAAUUUCGGCCUCCUGAAAUCAAUUACAAAAACAACGAGGAACCAGAUCACUACGAUGACGAUGCCCCAGUCGAUCUAUCCACCAAUGAUAAUAACAACUGCGAUGUGCUGGACCUCAGCAAGAAGAAACGUGAUACAGAUGAUGAUGAGCCGAAAAACACGCCACAGGUUCCUUUUGAUACUGAUUCGGCUGCGGCUGCUGCUACUGCCUUCGAGAAAACUAGAUUCCUGCUAGCCCAUCAUAGACUGUUCGAUAACCCUUUACCAAAGAUUGACCCCGCCUUUUAUGCCACGCAACUAUCCCAGAUCUACGCAAGUUCAAUGUCCGGAUUACCUGGUCUACCAAUACCCCCUUCUUUUCCUCUUAACCCGUACUUUCUUCAAACCUCUUUUUUUCCUCAACCCACUGAUACCCAAGAACUUGCCGAAAUAAAGCAACGGAUACAAAAAGAGAUCAUUCGUGGUCUGAGCAUGUCUGGCGGAGGUCUUAUAACUCCAGAAGCUAAAACUCAACCAAAGCAGGAGAUUAUAGAAGAAGAUGAGAAACCAAUAGUACAACCACCUCGUGACCCGUCACCAGUACCUCCACCACGAUCUGUGUCUCCAGCGCCAGUACCCACGAGCAUGGUGCCACAGACAGAUUCUGUGAAAAUGGUCAUAAAAAACGGAGUCCUCAUGCCAAAACAGAAGCAAAGGCGUUACCGAACUGAAAGACCUUUUUCUUGCUCUCAGUGCGCCGCUAGAUUUACACUCAGGUCGAAUAUGGAACGUCACGUGAAGCAGCAACACCCUCAGCACUGGAGCAUCCGGCGACCGUCCCCAAGGGCGCCUCCUCCAUACCCUACUUCUGACUGUUUGGCUGACCGAGUAAAGUUCGCACUUCUAGCUCGUCAUUUAGAAAACCCACUGCACCCCUCUGAACGCUCCCCUGUGCGCAGAGAUUCUGAUGAAGUCGCUGACAAUGAAGAAGAUGAAGAGGACACUCUAGUUAUUGACGAAGAAGAACCGGAAGAUAAUCAGCAAUCAGAUGAGCACACCGCCGCGCAUAGGGCUGCAGCUGAAAUUCUUCUAGCAACUCGUCAACAGGAAAUCACCAAAGACUUUGAUCUCAAAAUCGCAGGAAAUCUUAUCAAUAAGCCAUUAUCACUAACUGUUGAUAAGAACGAGGACGCAGAGCAAGCACCUGUGGUGAACCCCCAAGAACCUUUACCCAUACCGAUCGUGCCAACUCGAAGUGAUGAAGAAGAAGAUGAAGAGGGUCUGGUGGCUUCCACUAGUGAAGGAAAUAACUCCGGGAGCGAUGAAAAUAAAUCGGACGCGGACAUAGGAACUCAACCACCUAAGAAGAAGUCGGCGUACAGCUUGGCCCCAAACCGAGUGUCCUGUCCGUACUGCCACCGCAAGUUCCCGUGGUCCUCGUCCCUGCGCCGCCACGUCCUCACGCACACUGGACAGAAGCCGUUCAAGUGCCCGCAUUGCCCCCUUCUAUUCACCACCAAGUCAAACUGUGACCGUCAUCUACUGAGGAAGCAUGGAGGGUCAGCGCGAGCCAUACUGGCCGAGCCCAUACCUGACACAGUAACCCCACCGCAACCAGCCAAUGAUGCGUCUCGAACGGUCCCCGAGCGGCCCUUCAAAUGCGCCUCUUGUCCUACCAGCACAUUCUCCUCAAUGGAGACGCUAAAGAAGCACAUGUCUUCGAGGCACGGGUUGGGAGAGACACUACCAGAGUCGCCAGCUCCGGAGACAGUUGACGAUCAGGAUGGUAACCCCGACGGGCUGGCGUUCAAGUGCCACCUGUGCGAGGGCUCGUUCAGCGACCGCGGCGGCGCGCUGCGGCACCUGGCCUCUUCCCACGCCACGGAGUACGAGCAGCUGGUCAGCAAGGGAGCCCUGGACGCCGCCAGCGACCGCAGCGAGAGCGCCGACGACGACGACCGGGGCAAAUUUCCCGACCACGCCAAUAGAAAGGUGGUCUGCGCAUUCUGCAUCCGCCGGUUCUGGUCGGCGGAGGACCUGCGGCGGCACAUGCGCACGCAUUCCGGGGAGCGUCCGUUCGCGUGCGACCUCUGCCGGCGCCGGUUCACGCUCAAGCACAGCAUGCUGCGCCACCGCAAGAAGCACCGGGAUGACCCCACCGAUGACGAGGAGGUGUCUCCGCCACACACGCCCGUUGAGAACCUGUCUAAUGGCUACCGUUACCACGACGACGACGGUUCCGGCAACGAGAUACCGAGCAACGUGAACAACAACAACUCGCCGCCCGCCGCGCCCUACGAGAAGAAACUCAAAAUACAAAUGGCGUCCCGAAAAUACUCCUCGGAAGCGGAAAACGACACCGAAAACAGCGGCGACCUCAUCGGAAAACUGCUAGGUAUCCCAGACAAAACUAUCAUCAACAAACUCCUCUCGUCGGCUGACGAAGCAGCCAAGUUCUUGGGCGUAAACAAAUGAGAGUACGCUUUAGUCCUCGUGGCUCCAGCUAGGAUUAUCCUGGCUCCACGGGGACUAGCCAAUAUUGGUUCAACGAAUACAAAAACCGUACCAGCGCCAUCUGUCAGCGAGUAGCUGUACUAUAUAUAAAAAGUUUGGGUUUUCAAAAUACAUACUUAUUAUAAUUUGUAAACCAUAUUAGUAACUAGGUGCCUUUGAAGUGUUUGCCUUACUAAUUUCAAGAUACCGUCCUGAUUGCCUUAAAUAUAAUAUUACUACGCAGUUUAGGUAUUGUGAGUGUUUCUUAGCAACGAAACUUUAGUGCCAGUAUCUAAGUACAGUAAUAAAUCGAAUUGUACAUAGUAUAAUAUUAUACUUAAUCAUUUUUGUCGUCGUUUAGAGUGAACUAGUGUGUUACCUAGGUUUACCAAUUAAUUUAUUAAAUAAGUAAGUCGUUCUUAACAUAUCAAGAUAUUUCAGAAUAGAACUGCAUUUUCCGUCUAGUCGUUUGUACUAUUUUCAAAGUUUGUCCGAUUUCUUAUUCAUUUACCUACGUAAUAGGAUGACAACGCUAAAAUUUAAAUUAAAUCUUAUUGGAACUUACAUUGCUUACCUUGCUUAGAUACCUACUAUAAAUAUUUCUCAAAAAUCUUUAUUAAAUUUCUAGUCAAUUACACCUCUUUUCUAAUAAAAUCUUGAUCCUAAGCUAAAAUACCAAAUUAUCAGUGUAAAGACUUACCUAGAUGUGGUUUUUAAUCAACGAAAUAAUUUAAGUCAUAUCGAUACAGUAGACCUCAUAAUCCCUACCAAUGAAUAGAAUAAAUCUAUUAAAAUUUGUGUGAGUUUCUAGAUCUUAAUUAACUAUACCCUCUAUCUAUUAGUGUAUUAGGUAAAUAUUAUAUCCAAUAAUAUAAGACCUAAUUAUAGUAACACAUGCCUAGGUAUAAGCGACUUAUACAUGAAUUUAAUUAUUGACAGCUAGGUACGGUCAUAUGCAGAGAAACCUGACCCCCCUCUCUUAGUAACAAUUCUAUUGAAAGGGGUCAGAUUUCCCCGCCAUAUACUGCAAUACAUCAAUACAAUACCAUUCCUUAUUAUAAUACUUAGGUACUUGUUUUGCUCAAACGUGGCAUUUCUUAAACUUAAACAUAUUUUAGUGCCUAUAUAGGUACAGUAUGGGUUUCGUAUUAUGUGUGUUUAAAGCUUUCGCAAAAUAUAACCAUGUAGGUAGUUAAGUUAGUGCCCUAGGCACAUUGGUGGAUUUUCCCUUACCAUAAAAACUGCUUAAAAAGUUAUAUAAAUAGUAAAUAACUAAGUUAUAUUAAAAUAAUACAUAUUCAAAAUUUAAUUUUGGAAAAAUAUUUGUUCUGUAAAAUUUUAAACAUAUUUCAUUUGGGCAAUAUACUGUUUAUUGAAAAGAAUGGGUUAAAAACUCAGUAUACAUAUUUAUUUAAUAUUAGAAUUUAGUUUUAAUAAACUUCUGUCUCCUUAAAUGGAUUGACGAAUCAUACGCUAGCUAUACCUAAGUCCGAAAAUGCUUUGUAUAUAUUUUGAAUGCUUAGCUAGACACCAAAUGUUUAUGAAUAUUAAAUAAUUCACCAUAUUUUAAAUAUAGUUAAGUAUUUUUUUAAAUUAAUUAAUGUCAAUAAAUUUAUAUAAGUACUUAGAUAUUAUUUGUACUGGGUACCUAAUUAAUUUUUGGGGUACUUUAAUUACUUAUUAUAGUUUUUAGUACUUUCGAGCAAUAAUUUUUAUUUUAUGAAAAGGCUGAGUACGAUUUAUUUUUUACUAGUUUGUUAAUACAGAAACCGUUAUUUUCGGUUUAGAAUAUAAGUUAUUAAAAACCAAAGUAAGUUUUUAUUUUUAAAUAAUUAUUCUUAAAAAUAAUGGCGGUAUCCUUGCUUGAUGUCAAUUAUAGUUAGUUGAAAAUGAGAAUAUUUUUUCGAUAUUGUAUAGAAUGAUACAGUUUUAUGUAGUUUACUUAUUUAUUUCCUUUAAAAUGCCUAUGGCUAUGAUUAGUUAUUGCUUCUGUAUAUAUUGUGUGGAAAUUUAUAUCUUUAGCACCAAAACUGCAUAAAUUAUAUCUUAGUUACUUAAGUCAACUUAACUUAUACAUCGAAGGUAACCAGAAAGUCAUGAAUUUUAUUAUCUCAACUAUUAAUGUAUUUUACUAUGGUUACAUAUUACUUCAAAUGCAAGUAAGUUUAGUAUAACAUAAGUCUAAUAAGUAUAAGUACUUAGUAUUAUGAAUAUAGAAUAAUUAAACUUAUUAUGGCAACACCGCUUGGCCUUUGAACGUAGUGUCGUGUGUUAGAUUAGGUAUAAGGUAUAAUAUAGAAAUACAAUUUGCUCUGUUAAUUUGUAAGUUUAGGAUUUAACUUUGUGCGUUAAUAAAAUUUUAAGGUGUUUACAUUCUCUUAACUGUCUGCCUAUGUUUGAUUUUACGCAAUGUGGGUGUCGUUUAAAACAUUUUGUGAAAUAAAUAUUGUGAAUAAUAUUAAAUAUA